AUGAUGUCUAAAACUCAAGCUUUCUCACUUUUAACUUUCCUCGUCGGUGCUUCCGUGGUUAACGCUCACGGUCACGUCUCCAGUUGGACCGUCGGUGGUGAGACCAAGCCUGGUUUCAACCCUUCCAAUCCUCCCGAAUAUGGUGCUACUGCUGAAAGACCUACCGACAACUCUGAUCAAGGGUUCGCUGACUACACCAGCCCCAUCGUCGCAUGUGGUGGUCUCUCUGCUGGUUCAGGUUUAGAGACCUGGGAUGUCAAUGCCGGUGAUUCCGUUACCGCCCACUGGAAUACUUGGCCGGACUCCCACAAAGGUCCUGUCACCGAAUACAUGGCUCCCUGUCCUUCUUCUGGAUGUGAUGGUGUCGAUGCCGCUUCUCUUCAAUGGUUCAAGAUCCAAGAAGAUUCCUUCGACGGUACCAAAUGGCCUUCGGACACCAUCGUCUCGACUUUGGAAUGGACUUUCACCAUUCCUUCUGAUCUCGCUGCUGGUCCUUACUUGGUACGACACGACAUCUUGGCUAUGCACACCACUGGUGCACCUCAAGUCUACCCGGUCUGUUUCCAAGCCAACUUGAUCUCUUCCGGAUCAGCCGUCCCAGCCGAUACCGUUACCUUCCCAGAAGCCUACGAUAUCAGCGAUGAGUUCAAGACCUGGUCCCUCUACGGUGGUGAUCAAUCCGCUUUCGUUCCACCUGGUCCUGCUGUCUACAGCGGUGGUGGUUCAGGUACUACCCCUCCUGCCACCUCAGCUGCUGCAUCAUCAUCCACUGCCGCUUCAACUUCUGCUGCUGCUUCGACCUCCGCUCCUGCUGAGACUUCUGCACCUGCUGAAACCUCCGAUGCCGCCUCUGCUACCAAUUCCGAUUCCGCUUCUGCUCCCGUUGAGACCGAAGCUCCCGCUACCUCCGAUGUUGCCUCUGAACCUGCCACCUCAUCCACUUCCGCUGCUGGACCGUCCGACACUGAAGUUUCAUCCGAGCCAGCACCCUCUACCUCUGUCGCUGAGUCAUCUGCUGCUGCCUCUACCACCUCUGCUGCUCCUUCAUCUGCUCCUACCUCCGGUACUCCCGGCAACGCCGAGAUGGGUGGACCCGUUCCUCCCGUCACUCAGAACGGUAACCGAUACGAGACCCUUGGGGGAUCUUACUUUGACGAACAAUCGGCUGUCAACGCCGCCUGUAUGGAGCAAAUGAACCGAUGCAAGAGAUGGGCUAACAGCCUCGCCAACUCCGAGGUUUCCAACGCCUUGGCCUCCUGUGAUACUCAAGCUACCACCUGUCAAUCUUCCGGUGCUUCUGCUAAACGAGCUGUCGUAAUGAACCGAUAUGCCAAACGAAGACUUUUCUAA